AUGAGUGACAAAGAUUUGAUAAUUGAAAAAGAGCUCAUCUAUGGACAUUUAGCCAAAAGACUGCCGAAACAGACUGAUGAUAAAACUCACCAUUUGGAGAUCUUUUUAUACAGUCCAAAUGGAGAAGAUUUAACGAGAUGGAUUGAUAAAGUUACUUUUCACUUGCACCAUACUUUCGAAAGACCAGAAAGAAUUAUGACUCAUGAACCUUACCGUGUUGCAGAAGAUUGCUGGGGUGAAUUUGAAGCUAAUAUUGAAAUUGCUCCAAAGAACGCUAUCCCAUUAAACUUGGUCCAUUUCAUUACAUUUCCACCUCCAACAUCACGCAAGCCAUGCAUAAUAGAGCGAAAGAGAGUUAAAAUCGUUUUUAGAAAUCCAUCUCUUUUAUUAUACGAAGGUCUAUCAUCAGCGCCAUUUGCAUGGAAUAAAGUAAAGCGACUCAAACGCCAUAAUACGGAACAAGAUGCUGAAAUCAUUGACCGUCCUCCAAACGAUCCUUUCUUAGAAAAGAAAUGGAUGGAACAACUUGUUCGCGACAAAUCAAAGCAAAUGAGAGAUGAAAUUUCCGAGCUUGCCAUUAAGCAGAGAGAACAGAGAAAUCGUAUCAUGAAUUUGAUUGCAAAAAUUGAAGUAUUUGACCCAGACUUGGCAGAUGCUGCUAAACUAUUUGUUUAA